UCGAUAUGUAUUUACAAAAAAAAAAGGAACAAUUAAUUGCUAUCAAACUUUCAACACGUACAUCUUCACUAUUGGUCAUUGAUUAAUGCAAUGAGGUAUAUGCUACGCUCCUCUCCCCCCAACCAUUCCCUAUUUUGUUUUUCCAUAAAUACACACACCAAUCAACUGAUGAAGACAUUCAUAUAUUCCAUCAGGUAGAAGAGAUAUUUGAAAGUAGUCGAGCAUGGCAAAAUCGGAUCUUCAUGCAAUGAUGGUUUCACACAGUGCAUUUGGUCACAUAAGCCCAUUUGUACAACUCUCAAACAAACUCUCAAACAACAGAGUUCGAAUUUCUUUCUUAACAGUUGCAGGCAAUGUCUCUCGUGUCAAAUCUCUCCUUACUCCCUCACCAAACAUUGAAGUAAUCCCUCUUACUCUACCUCCCAUUGAAGGUCUCCCUGCAGACCUCCAAAACACCGCAGACAUCAAACCAUCAGAUCACGGCCUCCUCAGCAAUGCAAUAGACCUCAUGGAACCUCAAAUCAAGAGCAUUUUGUCAGAUCUCAAACCCCAUUUCAUCUUCUACGAUAUGUGUUUGUCUUGGGUCCCAAAACUAGCAUCCGAACUCGGCAUCAAACCACUCUGCUUCUCUGUUUUCUCUGCAGUUGCAGCUGCCUAUUUGACUAAUCCUGCCAGACCCAAGAAUCCCACAUUGGAAGAUCUCAAAAAACCUCCAAAUGGGUUCCGUUCAACUUCCCUCACCUCCAUCCCCACUUUUCAAGCUCGUGACCUUAAGUAUGUCUUCACCAGCUUCAAUGGACGCCCAACCAUCUUCGACAUAGACGUCGAUUCAAUUAAUUCCUCCGCCGCGUUUUUUAUCAAGUCUUGCUACGAAAUGGAAGGGCCUUACCUGGAUUUCACGGCGGCCCAAUUCAAAAUACCCGUAUUUUGUACAGGCCCACUCGUGCCCGACCCGCCAACGGGUGUGCUGGAGGAGAAAUGGGACACAUGGCUGAGCCAGUUCCCUUCCAAGUCUGUUAUUUUCUGCUCAUUUGGUAGUGAAACAUUCUUGAGUGAAGAUCAGAUAAGAGAGCUUGUACUGGGCUUGGAUCUUACUGGGCUACCAUUUUUCCUUGUCUUGAGGUUUCCAGCAGAAGUUGAUGGGGAGGCCCAUCUGAAGAAGGCCUUGCCCAAUGGACUUCUAGAGAGAGUGAAAAGCAAAGGGGUUGUUCACAUUAAAGGGUGGAUCCAACAACAGUUGAUUCUGGGCCAUGAUAGUGUGGGGUGUUAUGUUAAUCACUCUGGAUUUAGUUCUGUUAUUGAAGGAAUAGUAAGUGAAUGUCAAUUGGUGUUUCUGCCUUUCAAGGGGGACCAAUUCUUGAACGCAAAGUUAAUAGCCGGGGACAUGAAGGCAGGGGUGGAGGUAAAUAGGAGGGAUGAGGAUGGGUAUUUUGGGAAGGAAGACAUCUUGGAGGCAAUAAAGACAGUGAUGGUUGACAUUGAUAAAGAGCCUGGUGCAACCAUUAGAGAAAAUAACAAUAACUGGAGGGAGUUCUUGCUGAAUAAAGAGAUACAGGAUAGGUUUAUCACAGACAUGGUUGAACAAAUGAAAGCCAUGACCUAAAGGCCUCUGCCCUUUUCUUUGUCAGUUUGUCAAUUUCUGUGUGCCAAUUCCGUCAAGUGUGAUUUUCAAAUUGUUAUGAAAUAAUAACAUUUCCUUUAAAAUUCCUGCAACAUA